AUGUCCUCGAAGUUUAUGAAGAGCGCCUUUGUAGGAUGGACCUUCACCGCUGGCGUCUACUACCCACCCGACUUCGAUGCCUCGAAGUUGAUGCCCGUGAAGGCUUUGAAGCCCAAAGGGCCACAGAUGAUGAACAUCCGAAUGAUGUUCCCAUUCACGAUGGUCUGUGACUCCUGCAAGGAGUACAACUACACAGGUACGAAGUUCACGGCCAAGGUUGAACAGAUCAAGCGCGAGAGCUACCUUGGGCUGAAGGUGUACCGGUUCUACGGCAGAUGCAGACACUGUUGGUCCGAAUUCACCUUCAAAACAGAUCCGAAGAACUCCGACUACACGAUGGAGUCCGGUGGCAAGCGCACCUACGAGGCAUGGAAGGAUGCAGAUGCCAUGGAGUCCCAACUGAAGCAGGAGAAGGAGAAGGAGGCAGCGCAGGAUCAGAUGAAGGCGCUGGAGCAGAAAGCAGUGGACGUCCAGUCAGAGAUGCAGCGGCUCGAGGAUCUGGACGCCAUCCGGACGAUGAACAAGAGAAUGGGCAAUCGAGACCAAAGCAUCCAGGGGGCUUUGGACUACCUCUUUAAGCAGGAAGAGGCGCGAAGUGCAGACGAGGAGAAGCUGUCGAAGGCGGAAAUGGAGGAGUUGAAGGGCUUCAAAGAGGAGAAAGAGCGCUUCAAAGAGGAGAAAGAGCAGGAGGCCAGAGGCAAGUUGGAUGAGGAAGUGGUGGACCUCUCAGAGACUCCAGCCGAACCCAGUUCGAGCUCUUCAGCAUCAAAGGCGCCGAAGGCGCCACAAGUAGGAUCCGCCAUCCUCGCCGCAGUAGCAGAGCGCGCUUCUGCCCAGGCUGCGAAAGCAAAGCCGAAGUUCGCCGUCAAGGUGAAGCGGAAGGCGACUGACGACGCGCCUGGCAAUGGCUCAGACAUGCCAGACAGCAAAAGGCCCUGCGUCGACGGGGACGAUGCCCCAGGGCCCCCAGCGCCGGCGACCAGCUCAACAGAGACCUCGGCUGCUGCGGGCGGCCUCCUGGGAGCCUACGCAGACAGCGACAGCUCCUAA